CACCGCACAGCUCGCCCUCCUUGCCCAGCCAGGCCGGCAACCCUGGAAGAUGCUCACCCGGGCGCUGCUUACCCAUGUGCGCCCGGACUCCGCCACCACGUGGGCGUGGGUGUACAGCGACGCGCCGGCGCCAGCGGGGCUGCCUGCCCGGCUGGCGGCCGCGGUCGGCCACGUGCGGAGCGCGGGUGUGGAACAGCAUCCGCCGCAGCCAGCCACUCAGCCGCCAGCGGCGCCGCCACAGUGGCGGGUUAGCCUGAACCAACUGUGGGUGGCUAACGCUGCGGGGGCUGUGUCCUACGUCCACUACACGGGGCGGCUCUUGGAGCCUGGGCCUGGCGUGCUGCCCCCGGCGGUGGAUGGGGCGUGGCAGCCUGCCUGUGUGCUGCAGCAUCGCAAGCCGCGGCACCUGUGGACCUUUGAAGAGCGGGCGGCGUACGAUGCAGCAUCACCAGGGGAACGGGCGGGGGCGUGGCCUCGGGCGCCGUACUUCCUGGCGCCGGAGGCUGGGGUGGUGGUGCACCCGGAGCACUGCCGGAUUGCGGGUGUCAGCUUGGCGGACUACACGGUGCGGGACGUGCGGCGGGCCAUCACCACGGCCAACCCGGCUGCACCUCCGACUCCGGCCCGCCCCGCAGCCAUGCCGUGCCCGGCGCCAGCACAGCAGGCGGGGGGGUCGGGGACCCAGCCGGCGGCACAGUCGCGGCUGGCGGAGCGGGAGGCGGAGUGGCAGCGUGCAGCGGCGCAGCUGACCACCACGGCGGCGCAGCACUUCCACAAUAACCCGGUGGCUCUGGACCCCUGGCUCCACCGCACCUCCGCGGCCGCCGGGCAGCAGAACACGCCGGCGAGAGAACUGCAGUCGUAUGCGUCCCCGUCCCAGCACUCGGGUGAGGGGCCGCGGCGCUCCGCGCGGCUGCAGGAGCAGGCGGCGGGCGGGGCGGGACCUAGCACUGGGCCUGCCACGGCGGCGGCGGCAGCAGCGGCGGCGGUGGAGGGCGACCCUCGCAUGCCGCCCCCGGAUGCGUCCCUUCUGCGGGCUUAUGCGCAGGCGAGGACGUGGCUGCAGCAGCUGUGGGCCUGCGUUGCGCCCCAGGCAGCGGCGCCGCCAGUGACGGACGCGGGCUUCAUGCUGGGGGACCGCAUGGGUGUGUGGACCUCAGGCCCGCGGGGGGCGGGCGCGCUGCUGUGGAGCACUUUGCGGGCCACCUUCUUGUACGCCGUCUGGUGUGCGUACUGGUCCCGUGAGCCUGCUAAGCAGACGUCGGAGCAUGUGGUUCGGGAGGUGGUCAGCGAGCUGCGCAGGGUGAUGCAGCUGCGUUUCACUGCUGCCACGCUAACCCCUGAAACCCUGUCGGCUCUGCCCACUCAGCUUCUCACCGCACAGCUCAAGGCGGCUAAGCUGGAGCACUUUGUUGCCAUCUGGACGGCGGGUGGCGCGCUUUGUGAAGUGGAGGAGGUUCAGGGUGGGUCACCGAAGUUGAACUUGCGGCUGACGCUUGCAUCACCUGUGCAGGCCCCCUAGGUUUCCUUUUGGGCGGCGGUUCGUUCCAGGCGCUGGCGUGGCGUAUUAUCGUCAUCAGCUUAUCUGGCGCCCAUGUGUUUUAGCUCUGGCUGGCGUCGCAGCGCCUGGGCGGCUGUGGGCCUUCCUGCACAGCGCGUCUUGCAGCGGAAAUAAUAAUAAUAAUUCAAACGCCGGCCCAUGGGGCCUGGCGUGGAUUAUCGGGGUAAGGUGGCUAGGGCGAGGAGGCCCAUCCCCCUCGCGCUGCCGCCUCACCACGCACUCCGAGGAGGCGUGGGGGAGCCGUGGCUCACCCACCUCUCGGUUUGAGUUCCUGCUCGGUUACUCGGCGCAUUUUGAUAAUGCUGCCCGCACUGUUCACAGCGUGUGUGUGGAGCCUCUCUCCGCAUACUCGUGCGGCUGUGUGGGUCACCCCAAGUUGAGAGGUGAGCAGCUUAGUGAGGUUGCAAGGGAUGGCCCCAGUCACUCCGAGCGCAAGGCAUUCAUUGGUGGAGUAGUGGACUGUCCAUCCGGCCGCUUCCAGCAGUCGCUUGAGUUCUUGGUGUUGUUGAGAUUUUUCUUCCCGCUUGUCCAAAUGGCGAACGUCGGAGCUGUAACCGAUUUCAAGGAUAUAGAUGGGCAGCCGUGCUUUGUUCAGGGGCGGGCGGUACCCUUCUCUAUGUGUUUCAUGGGCGGGCAGGUUUGGGAUGAACAGAAUGUCAGGUCUGAGCCUUGUAAUAAGGGGUGAUGAUGUCCUCUCCGCAGCCAGCCAGGCGGGGGGGCGUUGUGCAGACGCAUAGUGUGGCAGGUCGGCUAGGGGGCCCGCGUCCAUGACCAUGAACCCGUUCCCGUAGGUCCCUUUGGAGAUGCAUUUGGCGACACGCUGGACUGCCCAGUUGUGCCGAUUGAUGUACGCGCCUUUCAUUUUAGGGUGUGUGCAGCCUCCGAGGAUGUGCCCUCCGGAGUCAGGGGUGUGGCAGAGGGGGCAGUUGCCAUUCCCUCCCAGGCGGUAGCGCCGUUUAAGCUGUGUGUUGAAGAGGUAGCCGUAGCGGGCGUAGAGUAUUUGCUUGACCAGCCAGGGGUGCCUGGUGGAGCUGGCGAGGGUGCGGUUGCUGAGGGUGGGGCACAUGUUGGCAGAUGCUUCCGCCCAUUGCUCCAGCACUGGUGUAGUAUUGGUAAAGCCUUGUUGUGCUUCGGGGGGCAAUGAGUUCAGGACUCCACGGUUUAGGUCACUUAGGUAGAAAUUGUCAGAGUUGCGUUUGGGCCACCAGAUGUUGGACCACGGUUCGUCUGGUGCUAAGCGUAUGGCCUGCCCCAUGGCCUCCAUGUCGUUGGCGGCGACUUUGGCGGCACCUUUGUCAGCUUCCUCGUUGCCGUGGAGCCCUGUGUGAGAGCGGACUUUCAGCAGCUGGACUGGGACCCCGGCGUCGGCAUACAUUUGUAGCUCGUGGAGUAUGUUUUCCAGCAGGUUUUUAUGUUUGGAUAGUAGGAGUCGUUGUGGUGCAGUAAGGGCUCGGCGGAUCAAGUAGAGAGACACUAGGGAAUCACUGGCUAUGGUUACUUGGGUCAUGCCCAUCAGACAGAGUCGGGGGCGGAUGUAUUCUAACGCAACGAGAAUGGCUGAUAGUUCGGCUCUCUGGAUUGUGUUGGUGCUGUUGAGACCGCCUGGUUCGACGUAGAUGUGUUCGGUCUGUUGGGACCACGCGCAAGCACCGAGUUUGUUCAUUUCGUUGCCAUCUUCACCGGCCGCAACUUUGAUGCAAGAUCCGUCGGUCCAAACAAUGGUGGCGGCAUCGUACAGGUAGCUGCUCCGAGUGGGGAAGGCAGCUCGUGUGGUGUAGAGGGCAGAGAGCGUGGGCAUGGGCGUAGGGCAUGUGUCCAGGCCCCGUGCUGCUGGGGCUUGGGGUCUAGUUAGCUGCUUUGCACGGGCUUUUGCACGGUGGCUGUAUGGUCGGCCCGGUGGGGCUGUGCGGUCACGGGGGAGGGUUACGCGCGCGGGCCACUCCAGUGGUUGUCG